UCACACUUCAAAUCUUCUUUACCCGAGAAACUCUUAAUUACUGUCUUUACCGUGAUAAAAAUGUAGGAGUUUCACGAGUCGCUGUUCUUUUGUGUUCAGGCUUUAGGUAUGUAGGCAAAGACCGGGCGCUAGUUCAGUGCUGGGCUGCCCCUGCCAAGCGCACGCAGGACAAAAAGAGAAGACGAGGGAAGAAAGAAAAGUCCGCAGGGUAGUUUUGGAGUUUAAAGUAAAGAAGCUAAGAGUCUCCGUCUGCAACUAGCAUCUGUACACGAGCGAGAAGAAAGUCUGUGAGGAGAGGACAGAAAAGUUUCGCAACUGAACGAGUAUCCUGUCUUGAUGAGGUACUGAGGAAUGCGCUGUUGUCAUGGAAACCCAGUCCCAGACCAGUUCUGCAGCAGAGAAGAAGAAGAAAGUGGAGACCAUCGUAGCCACAAAGAGCGCACCCACCUGCGCAGACAUUAGUGAGAAGGCCGUGGCCUCCAGCACUACCUCCAAUGAGGAUGACAGUUCAGGCUCCCCGUAUCAUCGUGAGAGGCGUAAUGCCAUCAGUGGGCAGGCCAUGGUUCUGGGCGUAUCAGGAAAACUGAGUGAGGAACCAUCCACCUCUACAGAAGACCGCCCUCCAUUAGUGAAGAAAGAGCUUCACAGCUCUCUGCCCCACCUGGUGGACCACACCCUGCCCUAUCGUGGGACAAUGUUCGCCAUGGACCCUCGCAAUGGAUACCUGGACCCUCACUAUACUACACCUCAGUUCUUUCCUGCUUUUCAUCCUCCGGUACCAAUCGAUGAUAGACACACACAAGGCCGGUACAUUUAUGAACCCUCGCCAGUACCUCCGCUACACGUGCCUCCUGCACUGGCGGCCAGCCCGGCAUUUUCUGAUAUCUCCCUCAUCCGGAUCACGCCACACCGGAACCCUUCAGUGGGGGUGGAGUCACCCUUUAACCCCCCACAUCCAUACAUUAACCCCUACAUGGACUAUAUCCGCUCACUGCACAGCAGUCCCUCUCUGUCUAUGAUCUCUGCGGCCAGGGGCCUCAGUCCCGCAGAUGCACCCCACGCCAGUUUGACCACAGCAGAGUACUACCACCAGAUGGCCCUACUUGCAGGUCACCGCAGCCCGUACACUGACAUCAUUCCUUCAGUGGCAUCCACAACAGGGCCUGCAAGCAACGCCCUUCAUAUGGAGUACCUGCAGGCUAUGGAAACUUCACGAUUUCCAAGUCCUAGGCUCACAAAUCGGCCCAGCAGAAAACGACCCCUUCCCAGCUCCCCUUCCCUGUCUGAUCGCAGUUUUGACCUGCAGGCCAUGAUUCGCACCUCGCCCAAUUCUCUUGUCACUAUACUUAAUAAUUCCCGCUCCAGCUCAUCCACCAGUGGAUCCUAUGGACACCUCUCAGCUGGUACUAUCAGCCCUGCAUUGAGUUUUGCAUAUCCUCCGACACCUGUGGCACUGCAAAUGCAUCAGCAGCUGAUCAGUCGGCAACCGGGCAUCGUAGGUUCUGCAUUUGGACACAGUCCACCCCUUGUGCACCCAGCUCCUGCCUUUGCCACCCAAAGACCUGCUCCUGGCAUCCCUCCCUCCAGCCUGCCACCUACAGAACGUUCCAUAGCCUCAAAUGACUCACAGAGUAAACCCACCAGUGAGUCGGCUGUGAGUAGCACAGGGGACCCCAUGCAUCACAAACGCUCCAAACUCAAACCAGAUGAGGAGCCGCCCAGCCCUGGAACCGUUAGCACGCAGGAGCAAACGGAUGGAAUGACGCUGGUGAAAGAGGAGGGUGAUAAAGAAGAGGGCAAGCAGGAGCCGGAGGUGGUGUAUGAGACCAACUGCCACUGGGAGGGUUGCUGCAGGGAAUUUGACACCCAAGAGCAGCUUGUGCAUGUGAGUGGACACCACAUUUAUGUUAUCAAUUGA